AGGUUUUGUGUCUGAUAGCAGGAACAAUAUGCAGAUGAGAGGUCUGGUGGUUUUACUUGUGUCUAAGGCAGCUGGACCCAGUAUAACAACAGAAAACUCCCUCCAGAAUGACAUGAUCAGUGGGAUAUAUCCCAGUCAGCGGACCCUGGCAGAGAUUACAGAGCUGAUCCAUACUGCUUUCCUGGUACAUCGUGGGAUAGUAAACAUUGGUGAACUGACAUCCUCAGAUGGCACAUUGAAGGACAUGCAGUUUGGAAAUAAAAUGGCUGUCCUAAGUGGUGAUUUUCUUCUAGCAAAUGCAUGCACAAGCCUUGCUCAGCUGCAUAAUACUAAGGUGGUAGAGAUCAUGUCAAGUGCCAUUGGUGAACUAAUACAAGGGAUAUAUUAUGAAAAUUUGAACUUAGUAAAGGUAAGUCUAUAGAUCCCCAGUUGUACUCAGAUGUGUGCUUAAGAUCACAAUGUUAUGUAUGUUUAGACAGGAGAAAGCCCUGUAUCUCCCAGCUUUCCCCAGCCAGGACAUAGGAAAGUAAGAGGUUAAAAACUAAAAGAGGUGAUGUAUGAAAGUGUGCUACCCAAACAUAAGACAGUUCUCAGCAUGUAAUUUAUUGACCAAGGAAGAAAGAAAACAUGUUGCAAUCUCCAAAUCACCAGUCAAUCUUAUAAAAACAAAAAUCUAUGAAACAGUUAAAGUAGGAGCUAAGCAACACUGUUAAUCCCCCUUCAGCAGUUGGGCUCCAACACACCUGACAGCACAAGAACUCCCUGCCCCUAGCAGCAUACAUGCACACACUCAAAACACUGGGGCCGGUCUUCUACAACUUCAUGUGCCAGGUAGUCCUCAGUCAAGAUGAAGGCUAAAUGCCAUGUGGUUUUCAGCCCCUUGCCCCAGUCAUUUACUGAAAAGUCCUUGUAUUUACUCUUAUGGCUUUUUGGUCAAUUCUACUCUUAGUGAAAUGAUAGAAUAAACAUUUUUAAACAGUUCCAAGGGUUCUAAGUAAUCCCACAAAAUGCUGUUUAUAUGUUGUUACUUGUGUAUACAAUGUUUAGCUAAGAAUCUCUGAUUUCCAUUUCUUGUGAGAAAGGAUAACAGGAUUGAAAAUAGAAUUUUGCCUUUUUUCAUAAUAGGCAAAGUACCAUACAGCAUCCCAUAGGGGUGUACUGAACCUGAGUUUUCAAAACUUUUUUUCUAGUUAGAGUGUUCCUUUGACCCUGCAAAUCUGACUGCCACCUAGUCUCCUU